UUUGAAUGCUUCCCGGACAAGACAGUCUACAAGAGAGGCGGAGGUCUAAUCAAGAGGAUGGUAGUUCAAGUGACAGAGGAAGUCAGAGCCAGGAUCACCAUGAGAGCGAAGAUGAAGAUACCGCGCGCAGCGAAGCACCGCUGCAAGAUGACCAUGUAAACGAUGAAAUUUUUGUUCCGCAGUCUGAAUUUUUUGGAGAUGAAAUAAACCCUCCGCAUUUGGGGGAAAGUUCUGAGGCGUCGCGUAGCAAUUCAAUCUUUGUGCAAGGAGUAAGUGGGCGCAAUAAUGUAAUGUUGAUCUCGAGCGGCAAUCGUAUAGAAGACAAUCAACAACACGGAGCUGAUCGAAUGAGUCCAGUUCCGAUUGACCUGAUUGACAUCGACCUGGAUCCAGCGACAUCCGCUCAUGACUCGGAAAAUCAGGGUGAUCAUGAUGCAGACGGAGACCAGCUUCCUGCGUCUCCCAAUUUAAGAAAUUCAAUGAGCAGCUACGACAGAAAUAGAUCACAUGAGUUGUACAGGCGAGGAGCCUCUCACCAACACGAGCACUUUGAGGUCCAGUUGGGAGAUGCUAUGAAUGUCGUGUAUUCUCAAUCGUCUAUGUCUAGAAACUUCUCAGUCACUGAGACAACCGAACAUCUGAGAACAGUUUCUGUUUCGAAUGCUUCAGCUCUUAAUAAUGAUCAGAGUGAAGAAAGACAAGACGCACCUUCUGGUUCCAAUGCUCCAGUGACAUCAUCUAACGAAGCCAGAGACUCCCAGCAUCAAUAUCACGGGUACAGCGAAGACAGAUACACUACAUCGACAUCUCCCGACGCCGACCAGCAGCGAGGUGAAAUAUUUGAAUCCAUUCGACAGAACACACCUCCAGCCGAAAGAUCAGCCGAGUUUGGAGACGCCGAGUUAACAACAAGUGAUCACGAGGAGUUUGACGUACAGUCUAAUAAUGUGAAUGACAUCAGUUCAAUUCAAAAUAGUUUUGAGAGACCGGCGUCAGUUGUUAUUUCAAGGUCAAAUGGAGAUUCGGCGGUGUUUGCUUGUAGUAGUAGCGGAUCUGAGACUGCUGCGAAUGGAGAACGACAUGGAAAUAGGAGUUCUGUCGUAGAGGGUCCAACUGAACCUAAUGUGAGUGAGCAUGGAGCACUGGGGGUCAGUCUGCAGCAGCAGCAGAGAGUAGAUUUGCUCUCCACUUGGGAAGGCACAUCCAAUGCAGAGUGGGAUCUGCAGAACUUCUCCCGAACAUUCUACAUGCAAGCCGAAAAAGACGACAAAUUGCUACAUCGGGAUCGUCCUUUCAACUACUGUAAGAGCUCCAGACGAGCUCGUAGACACCAACCAGGAAUGUCAAAUGGGUCCGAUCCGAACCAUGCCGGUCUAAACGGACAUCUCCAAGACUUCGAAAUAUCAGUCUCGGCUGCCGAAGAAUCCGAGUCACAGGCUAGCAGCUCAACUCAAACUGAUCACGAAGUUGAUGACUCGUGUGUGUUGUACGACUUGGCAUUAGUUGAGUUUAAUUUACAGAACCAGAUGAACUGUUCGGCUUGCGGACCAACUGCAGUUACUCAUGUACUGAAAAUUAUGGGCUAUAAUGUGCAAUAUUACUAUGCUGCUCGUAGAAUAAAUUGUCGCCAACGCGAUAACCUUGCUCCUCUGCCGGAGUAUUUGAUAUCCCGGAGUGUCGCCGGUUCAAAUCACGAAGAUUUGAUACGAGGUAUCGAGAAUAUUACACGCGGCGAUGUUUCGGGUAGAUUCUUCUCCUUUUAUCCGGAGCGAGAUGUCUGUCUGCGGCACUGGCUUCUCUAUUGGAUGCGAAAAGGUUGUGUGCCCGUGUUAACACUUAAUUACCAAAAACGUCACCCAGAAGCAAGUGACAAAAAUCCCAUUAGCGACAGCUGGCACUACCAGACAGUAGUUGGAGUUGAGGGGUCCAAGGUGCACCUGUCAAAUCCAGAAGAAACUGUCCACGUUGCUAAUCUGGGAUACUAUCUCUGCAGUGAUUCUAAGCUCUUAGUAAGGUGGCAGGACGCAUGGUCACGGUAUGACGAGGAUUCAAAUCUCAAGGUACUGGCACAACAUCCGAAUCAGGAUCCGAGGUGGACUGACUACAAUGUAUUAGGUCAGGUUUGCUCGCUGCUGAGAAUGAAAAAACGAAUAGACUCCUUCGCCAAAAUGACUUCGCAUUCCUCUAACCAACAAUCGCCAAACCAGAAUAACAGCGACAUAAACCGUUACAAUAAUAAUCCUAUGCCGGCUAAUCAUCUUUCGACCAAUGGUACCGUGAUGGCCAAUCAGAGACGACGUCACGUAAGGUCAGCUGGGGACGACGAUGACAACGAGGAAGAUGAUCAGAGGGUGUUUCAAGCUAACGGGUUUGAUGACUCACCACUGGCUAGACAGAAUAGUCAAGGAAUGGGAAAUGGAUUUGGUGGCGGAGGUGAUAGUGUAAGCUCAAGUGGAGGAGGAGCAAGCUCUGAACAGAUGGAAGUGCUCAGAUGGCAAUCUUCUUUGUUGAGCUCACACAUAACAAUUCCGGCUAUUGUUAAAGCCGGGAUCAUCAUGUUCUGCAGAAAAACUACAGGGUCAGUGUUUCAACAGUUAACGGAAUGUGAGGAGCUGAAAGUCUCAGAUAAUCCUAGCUGAUAACUUAGCUACUACGUUGCAAGUACGCAAGUGAUAGUUAUUGUUCAAUUGUGACUCUAUUUUUUAUUCGAAAUUGUUGAUUAUAUAGUUUAACUUCGCAAAUUUAUUUUUCUAUAGAA